AUGACUCAAGAUAUCGAAUUGCAAAUUAUUCUUGAUAAAGAACAUGCAGAAUAUUCACCUGGUGAAGUAAUAGAAGGUUCUAUUAGAGUUCAAUUGAGAAAUACGAUGAAUGCUAGAGCUAUUCGUCUUCGUUUUCGCGGAACUGCAUGUACUCAAGUUUCAGAUGGUGUUCAAUCUCGAAUAUCAGUUAGAAGCAAGCCCUAUAUCUAUAAAGAAGUGCAAGUCUACUUAGAUACGACAAUUUCCAUUUGGGGUGAAGAAGAUAGCCAACCUCGAAUCAGUAAUUUAACACUACCAGAAGGCUCAAAUGAAUUCAAGUUUAGCUAUCAAUUACCAACCGAUAUUGCACUUCCAAGUUCACUUGAAGGUGGUAAAGAUUGCUAUAUCCGCUAUAAUAUGGUUGCAAUUUUAGAAAAUCCUCCCAAUGAUGAUCAUCAGCAGGAAUUGGCUUUUCAGGUUACCCAGCAGGUUGAUAUUGGCCCAACAUUACUACAAUCACCAUCUCCACUUCAAAAUGAUAUAUCAUUCUGCUGUUUCUGCUUUCGACCUGGACUCGUUAAGCUAAAUGCAAGUAUUGAUCGGAGCGGUUAUCGCCCAGGGGAGUCUAUUUCACUAGAUAUUAAAUGCCAAAAUUUGUCCAAUCGAACCAUUCCAUGUCUCCGAGUAAGAUUUAUCGGCUGUCUGGCUGUAGCAGCAGAAGGCCAUACCAAGACUAUACGCACAAUUAUACAGGAGUUAUAUACAAAAAAUGAAAUUUCUCCCUGUCAGACUUAUGAAAGCAGUAAUCAGACUAUUCCUAUUCCGAGUACUCCUCCUACUAGUCAAUCACUUGCAUUAAAUGUUAAUGUAACCUAUAUAUUUCAGGUAGCUGCUAUUAUUCCAUUCUCUAAGGAUCUACACGUCGAUUUUCCUAUCGUUAUUGGGAGUAAAUCUACUAAUAUGGAGAGUAGUAAUAUAGAAACUACCAAUGAAUCCAGAAAAGAAGAAGCCAUUGCUGCAAUGGCACAGAUUGCUUUAGUCGAUUCUACUGCUGAUGAAUCCCUUGAUAUUGAAGACGAUACCAGAUGUCUGAUAAAUUCAUAG